AUGAACCGCUCACUCUUCCGCGCAGCUUCGCGCCAUGUUCAGUCGGCCCAUCGCCUCUACAAGGCACCCACAGUUUCACGUAGCACUUCGGUCAGGACGUAUGCGACAACAUUCAACUGGGAGGAUCCCUUAGCAGCGUCAGAGCUGUAUACAGAGGAGGAGUUGGCGAUCCAGGACACAGCCCGACAGUAUUGUCAAGAGCGAUUGCUGCCCCGGGUGCUCGACGCCUACAGAAAUGAAAACUACGACCGCAAAAUUCUGGAGGAAAUGGGUGAGCUCGGCCUCCUUGGCGCGAACAUUGAAGGAUACGGCUGUGCUGGCGCGAGCACGGUCGCCUCCGGCUUGAUCACAAAGGAAGUCGAACGGGUGGACUCCGGGUACCGGUCCGGCAUGUCUGUGCAGAGCUCGCUGGCGAUGACGGGUAUCUACGAGUUCGGCACGCAGGAGCAGAAGGACCGAUUCCUGCCGCAGCUGGCCACGGGCAAACUGGCGGGCUGCUUUGGCCUCACGGAGCCCAACCACGGCUCGGAUCCCGGGUCGAUGGAGACCGUUGCGCGCGAGCACCCGACCAAGAAGGGCUACUACCUGCUGUCCGGCUCGAAGACCUGGAUCACCAACUCCCCCAUCUCGGACAUCAUGCUGGUCUGGGCCAAGCUGGAGAGCACCGGCAAGAUCAAGGGCUUCAUCGUCGAGCGCAGCCGGUGCCCGCCCGGCACGCUGCAGACCCCCGCGAUCAAGAACAAGACUGCGCUACGCGCCUCGAUCACGGGUAUGAUCCAGAUGGACGACUGCCCCGUGCCGGCGGAGAACAUGCUUCCGGAGGUGGAGGGCCUCAAGGGUCCCUUCACCUGCCUGAACAGCGCCCGCCUGGGCAUUGCGUUUGGCGCAAUGGGCGCUCUGGAGGACUGUCUCGACCGCGCUCGCACCUAUGCGCUGGAGAGAAAGCAGUUCAAGGGCAACCCGCUCGCGAAGUACCAGCUGAUCCAGAAAAAACUGGCGGAUGCGGCCACGGAUGCUGCCUAUGGAACUCUGGCUGCUACCCAGGUGGCUAGGCUCAAGGAUGCGGGCAAGAGUACGCCUGAGAUGAUCUCUAUGAUCAAGAGACAGAACUGUGAUCGUGCUCUGGCGAAUGCGCGAGUGCUCCAGGAAGUCUUCGGUGGGAAUGCCACCAGCGACGAAUACCACAUCGGCCGACAUGUCGCCAAUCUCUUUGUGGUGCAGACCUACGAAGGACAGAGCGAUAUCCACGCAUUGAUCCUGGGACGGGCCAUUACAGGCGUUCAGGCGUUUGUCUAA